CGUGCCUACCGAGAGGUCGUGGUUAUGAUGCCGCUGGUGCUGCUGCUCCUGCUGCUGCCCCAGCCGCAACCGUCCGUGUCUGCCGAGAAGCCGCCACCAUGCAACAGCAACAUCUAUUGCUAUGGAGAUCUCCUGCACACGGUACAAAUGGCCUCCGUACACGACGAUUCCAAAACAUUUGUAGACAUGAAGAUGAAAUUCUCUCCAAAUGAAACACUGGAACGUUUUGAAAAAUUCAUGAACAGAACAAACAGAAUGCCAGAUAAACUUCAAGUCGAACUGUUUGUGAAUGCUACGUUCGACCCUCCUGGCAGUGAGUUUGAGCCAUGGGAUCCAGUGGACUGGGUAGAAAAUCCAGCUUUCCUGGACAGAAUCGAUGACCCAUUGUACCGCGAAUGGGCAUCAGAGCUGAACCAUUUCUGGAAAAACCUUGGGAGGAAGAUUAAGGAUGACGUCAGGGAACAUCCGGAACAGUACUCAAUUAUUUACGUUCCGAAUCCAGUGAUCGUCCCCGGAGGUCGAUUUCGUGAGUUUUACUACUGGGACUCCUACUGGAUCGCAAGAGGUCUCCUGUACAGUGAAAUGUACGCCACCGUUAAAGGAAUGCUGAAAAAUUUUCUGGAAAUUGUCAACACCUAUGGUUUAGUACCAAAUGGUGGGAGGAUUUACUACAUAAUGCGUUCACAUCCUCCAUUACUCAUACCUAUGUUCAAAAGCUACUAUGAAUUCACAAAGGAUAUUGACUUCUUGAACGAGAGUAUAUCAACACUGGAGAGAGAAUUUGACUACUGGAUGAAGAAUCGUACUGUGACCGUCGAGAAAGAUGGAGUGAAGUACACCUUGGCGAGAUACAGCGACGAUUCAAGCGGGCCUCGUCCAGAAUCAUACAGUGAAGAUGCCCAUAACGCAAGGAUCUAUAAGACAGUGAAAGAGAAAAAUGAGUUUUAUUCUGAACUCAAAGCUGCUGCAGAAUCUGGAUGGGACUUUUCUACAAGGUGGUUUAUGCUAAAUGGUACAAAUAAAGGGAACCUGACACUGCUAAAAACACGGCAGAUCAUUCCAGUUGAUCUAAAUGCCUUUAUUUACUGGAAUGCAAAAAUUUUGGAGGACUUCUGGCGAAUGCUUGGCAAUCCAACCAAAGCUGAAUACUACAGAGAUAUAGCAGAAAAAUGGAAAGAGGCUGUAACUGCUGUCCUGUGGCAUGAUGAAGUUGGUGCCUGGCUUGAUUAUGAUAUGUUAAAUGAUAUUAAACGUGAUUAUUUUUAUCCAAGCAAUAUUUCACCAUUAUGGACAGGCUGCUAUGAUAAAAAUGAUCAUACAAAAAUUGGAAAAAUCCUGAAAUAUUUAGAGAAGAGCCAGGUAAUGAGUAGUCGAGGAGGUAUACCAACCUCACUUGAACAUUCAGGUGAACAGUGGGACUAUCCCAACGCAUGGCCUCCAUUGCAGUACAUAAUGAUCUAUGGCCUUGAUCAGACUGAUGAUGAAUGGGCUCAAGGUCUGGCACUUGAAAUAGCAGACAUGUGGGUCAGAUCAAACUUCAUUGCUUUCAAUAGCACAAAAUGUAUGUAUGAAAAGUAUGAUGCCACCCUCAUUGGUGUUGGGGGUGGAGGUGGAGAGUAUCGUGUACAGCUUGGUUUUGGCUGGACAAAUGGUAUUAUUUUGGAGCUGUUGAAUAAAUAUGGCCAUCAACUGCAAGUUGUUGACAAAUUUAAAGCAAAAGCUGAACAGAGCACAGCAUCUGGUGUGCAAGCUAGUGGAGGCCAAGUGUUAACAGCAGUGCUUGUUCUUCUCGGCACAUUGGCUAUCGGCAGCAUAGGGUUGCUGAUGUAUAAGAGAUGGGCUCAAACUACCACAUCACCAACUGCAGCCAGAACUCAGAGAAAGCGUGGAAUCUUCCCAAAGCUUUGUGGAGGUUAUACAGAAUUAAAGGAUCUCAACUUUGACUAAGUUUUAUCAUAGUUAGUCAGGUAUAUGGUUGAUUUCCAGAGUUCACUAUGGAAUCUUGUGAGUGUAUUUGAAUCAAGGAAGAAAGUUGAUAAAAUUGUAAUAAAUCAGUGAGAAUGCAUUAAGAACAAUCAGUAUGAAAGCAUUUACAUUUAAAUAUGUUUAUGCUAUGUACAAGAAGAAAAGAAACUAGUUGUGUGAUGUUCCUAUAUGUCUUAUCUGAAAACUUGCCACUACAAUAAACUGGCUCAGUCAUUAUUAUUUUUACAAUGAAUCAGUUGCUCAAUAUUUAUGUCAGACUGAAUUGCCAGGACUAUUUCUUAAUGUGAAUGUGACAUUUUUGAGUUAGAUAUAUUUGUUCAUGUUGAACAAAGGAAUGAUUGUAGUAUUCUGGCAAAACUGCCUGAGAAGUGAGUGCCAGGAUAUGAUUACUUAGACUGUACGGUCUAUUUGCUAACUUCAUGCCAUAAAAUAUGUCUUUGCUAAUUCGUGAUAAAUCAGUGACAAUAUUUCCAUGUACAAGUCAGUAGGAUUUUGUACCUCUACAUAUGGGACAGUUACAAUGUAAUAAAUUUAUUGGUGUUUUGUAUAAACAUUUGUGAAGCAGUACAUGUAUGAUUCAAAAUUACUUUAAUCACAAUAUAUUAAAGGUGAUAUAGUGUCUUCUAUGUAGAAAUCCCACACUAUCCAUGUUAACACCAUAUAUCUCUGACUUACUCAUUUGAUGUAAAAAUGUUAAAUAUUGAAACAGAGAUGAGCACAACAAAAAAAACUUCACAAACAUAACUCAUGCUGCCCUGCCAAGACAGAUUUGUCAAUUAGUCAACUUACUGGCUAGUAACACUUGCCCCAGAGGGAUUUGUUAUGAAAUUUCAAAAUUUUUGUCAUUCACCAGUAAACUAACAUGAGCUACCACAUCCCCCAGCCCCCUUCCUCCUCAACCAUUACUGUCUCCUGUCCUGGGUACACUCUUGCAAAAUUACUGGAAAAAUCUUCACAAGCCGAACUGCUACUGCCUUGUCAAGACAGAUUCAUCAAUUUAUUGACUAGUAAUACUUGUAUCCAGAGAAAUUUGUUAUGAAAUCUCAAUAUUUUGUCAAUUAGUCAACUUACUGGCUAGUAACACUUGCCCCAGAGGGAUUUGUUAUGAAAUUUCAAAAUUUUUGUCAUUCACCAGUAAACUAACAUGAGCUACCACAUCCCCCAGCCCCCUUCCUCCUCAACCAUUACUGUCUCCUGUCCUGGGUACACUCUUGCAAUUACUGGAAAAAUCUUCACAAGCCGAAUCUGCCUUGUCAAGACAGAUUCAUCAAUUUUUGUCAUUCACCAUCAAUUGUGAGAUAAUAUGAGUCCUCCCCCCCCCCCUUCUCCUUCCUCAAACACUACUAACUCAGAUGCUGGGUACAGUCUUGCAUACUGUGCAUAUUUAUAUAGAACAAUUAUUACUGAAACAAGAAGUUGUGAUCUGUAUUCUUACCAAAAAUCACAAGAUAACCAAUCUGCAGCAGUUAGUAUGGAAAUGCUGCAGUUAAUUGUUUAUAUUGGUUAUAUAUUACGUCUACAACCAAAAAAAAUGAUUCUGAAGGAGGAAGGUAGAAUGUCCAAUUUAUUCAUACAUUCAUUGGAUGAAAAUUGAGCAGACUUUUCUAUUUUUAGUGCACACAUUUUUAUCUCAGUUUGAUUAUUUUUUAAACAUUAAUGUACUAAUAACUGCUGUCUGCUCACUGUGAUAUUUAAGAGAAGUGCACCAAAACUGAAAAGUUUAAUCUCAUAUGAUGAGAUAUUUUAAAGAACAUCAUACAUAUAAAUAGGAAAUUCUGACUCCAAUUUCUGUAUUUAUAAAUUUGUAUCACUAUGUAAGAAUAUUAUCACCUUAUUGACAAGCACUGUAUUUUGGAUGACCUCACUCCCCCCCCCCCCCCCUGCCUCCCCUCUCACCACCACAUCUCAUGUGUUUUUAUGUUAAUGGAUAUACUAUAUUGUAUAAAUGUAAUGUAACUCUGAUGAUCAUCUGAAAAUGGUUAUUUUUUGAUGUAGCAUACAUUUGUUGAUUUGUAUUAUUUUAUAAGCCACAGGUUACCAUUUAUGUUAUAGUAUGACAGUUCUCACAUAGUUGUUCCCACUGACUAAAAUGAAAUAAUAAAUCACCCCGGUAGCAAAAUUAAGGCAUUCCUCAAACUGUCAUGGUUGUUUGGCAGGUGGUGGUGCCACAGUGCCACAAGAGUGGUGGCAGAGCAGUGUCACCAUUUGUGCACAUCAUAGUGAAAGAGGCAACAAUCAUAUGUUGUCAACAAAGAUCAGGCUCUUCUGUUACACUAGUCAACAGCAGUUUUUCCAGAAGGAAUAUGAAUGACUUUUUUUAAAACAUUUGUGGGUCUCAUAUUCGAAAAUGAAAUCAAUUUCUGCUUAUCAGGCUCAGUUUUUCAUAUCUCAUAACCCUCUACCUACCAAAAUACUCAGAAAAAAUCCUUGGUUAUUCUGUGGGGCUUACUUUAACUGUUCUUCACAGGUAACUGAUGAAAAAUAAAUAUUAUGUGCCAGGUAUUCUCACACAUGACACUUUGUUCAGAAAUCCAUCUCCAGAAAAUAUGGAGGUUUAGGAACAUUGCUGAGUAGUCAUACUCAAAUGCCUUGUACCUUUGUAUGUAGUACAAAUUCUUUUUCUAUAAAUGUGGAGUGUAGGCUCUUAAAUGAAAACUUAAACCUACCUCCACUUAUGCUGUUUGACAUGCUACGCUAUUGAUUUAGUAGUUAAAAGAAUCACAUCACACAGCCUUCACUGUUUCCAUGAUAUGAAGAACCAUUGGAUCACACAGAAGAUUAUUAUUCUGAACUCACAAAAAUAAUUACAGUCACCUCAGAAACAAAAACAAAAUUGCAAUACCCCAGUUUUCUACUCACCUGUCAGUGCCAGUGAUCACUGAAAACACGAUAGUGAGAGAAGAUGAAUACAGUGAUGAACACACAGAAACUAGAAAAGGAUAUAUGAAUCCUGGCCCAGUACUGAAAGACCUUUGUUAUCCACAGAGACAGAUAAAAUGGUGAUUGUGAUAAAAAUGAGAAUACUGCUCACACAGAAGAAUUAAGAUUAUGAACUGUAAUAAAAGAGAGGUGAAUUCAUACAUAUGGAAGAUGUUUCGGCCUUAGAUCAGAAACAGCAGUGGCAAAAUCAAAAUGAUAUCAAAUCAAUGUAAGCCUGCAGGCUUUUGUGUCAUUGACCAUAAAAUCUUCAGAGUCAUUAGGUUGUGCCACACUCCUCUUCAAACUUCUUUACUGCUUGACAUUUUAGUUCCUCUGCUGGAAUCUUCUUCAUGAUUCUAUUGGUGCCUCUGGGUUGCUGGGCACUGUCAAAAGACAGUAUUGUGUUUGCUUUUAAAAGGCUUAUUCUGCUGUACUUUUUCAAAUAUGUGGAGUUACUGGAAAAAAAUUUCCAGCUGCAAUUGAUGGACCAUUAUAACUGGAUAAAUACUGGAAGCAGAUGCUGACAGAGAGGAAGAAAAAUACCAUUCUUGACUCAAACUGAGUGGUAAUAAACCUCUCAUCUGAGGAAUUCAGUGAAUAAGCUACUGCAAUGGUGAGCAAAGGUCUUUAUUUCACGACUACACCAAAGAGAAGACCCACAGAAGAAAUCAUCAGUGCUAUUGAAGAAUUUUUAUUCUCUCACUUGAAGUUUCAGGAUGAGGAAAUAAGAUAGUAUGUUUCAAUAAUUUUAAGUCAAGUGAAACCGUUCUAGAACAACACAUUCACAUGGAAAAGGAAAGCUCCUAAUGAACUAAAGAAACAUGAAUCCAUUGUUGUCACUAGAGCAGAUAACGGAAAUGUGACUCCUGUUUUGUAUACAGCUGAAUACCACAAGAAGGUAGAACAACUAUUGGUGGAGCAAGUGUGCUGUAACCUCAAAUAUGAUCCAACAAACAAGAUUGUUAGGAAACUGAAAAAUCUCUUAUCAGACUCCAUAAUGGGCAGCUCUACUAACAACAAUCUGAUGUGAAAUUCACUUGUCUUACCUAGAAUAUAUGGUCUACAGAAGGUUCAUAAGAGAAGAAAGGAAGAUUAUAGUUUAAUAUCCCAUCAACAGCUCAGUCAUUACAGAUGGAGCUUCACAAAGAAUGUUGUCCACUGAGACCAAUAGUGAAUAGUAUUAAUUCUACAAUUUAAUUUUUAGCUACACAUUUAUCAGGAAAACUAAAGUAUCUUGUGAGAAAAAUGAAUUCUUUUGUGAAGGAUUCAACAUUUACUCAAAAUAUUAUGCACAGUUGAAGUACUGCUACUGACAUACUUGUGAACUUUGAUUUCAAUUCCUUAUUUACAGACAUCCCAGUAGCAGGUACUAUGGAGAUCAUUGGGAACAAAAUUGCUCUGAAUAUGUGUGACCAGGUCAAAUUAUGUUGCAGUUUAGUUAUCUUAAAUAUAAAAAGGAAUUUUAUGAACAAUGUGAUGGUGUUGCUGUGGGCUUAACUAGUUACCUGUAGCAGCUGGCAUUUUUAUGGAGUAUUUUGAACAAAAGAUAUUAAUUAAGUAAUGGAGAACUAAAACUGUCUUGUUGGCUCUGCUGUGAUGAAGCCAUGGUUGUAUGGCCACACAACAGGAAAGAGCUACAUAAAUUCCAUUAUUUUCUGAAUAACAUCCUUCCAAAAAUCAGCUUCACCAUAGAUAUGGAGAGUGAGGUAGUCCUUCCAUUUUUAGAUGAGUUUAUCUACAGAAGACAUGAUAGAUAAUACUCUAGGCAAUAAGUUUAUAGAAAACCUACCAACAUAAACAGGAAUGUCGAUGCUGCUUCACACUACCACCCAACCCAGAAACAAGCUGCUCUGAACGCUCAGCCCUUAUGUGUAUUCAGAAUCAGUGACAGUAAGAGCUUGCAAUCAGACCUAAAUUCCCUUAGAGGAACAUUAAUGGCUGAUGGUUAUGAUGACCUUUACAUAAAUAUGGCUUUCAAAUGAAGUGAUAAUAAUUCUAACAAUAAUAAUAAGAAUAUUAACAAUGAAAACAAGAAGAAUGAGAAACAUCGUGAACAUUCAAAAGGUUACUGUUCUGCCUAGAGUAACUGACCACAAAGGCAGAAUCCUCUGGGACACUGGGUUAAGGACUAUGUUUUUCUAGUCAACACAAGGCAAAACACUUCUUCUAAUCUAUAACACAUGUGCCUGGCUGCUUCGACACUGUGGGAGUAUACGAAGUGAUGUGUGAUUGUGGUAAAGUAUAUAUCAAACUAGAAGCAUAGUAAAAGAUGGAGUUAAAGAGCAUAAACCCCACACAUGUUUAAGACAAAAGAAAAAAUAAGUCAUAGUGGCACACCAAAAAGAAUGCGACCAGGUUAUGGAUUUUAAGAACAUAUGUGUGCUGCCUAGAGAAAGUAAUAUUUAUAGGAGGAAUGUCAGUGAAACAGUCAAAAUAUCUAAGAAUUCUUCAUGGUUGCUUGCUAUAAUGGAAGUAAAUAUCAAGCCACAGUGAGCAAUGAACAUAAACAGCUACCAGGAAACAACUGAGGUAGCACAAAAACAAUAAUAUUUUGGAUUCCCCCACUCUGUCGCCACCUGCUUUCAGUAUUUACCCAAUGGUGACAGUCCGACAAUAGUAGCUGGAAGAUUUUUACCCAGUAACUCCACUUCUUCAAAUAAUGCUUCAAAAUAGCCUUUUUAUUAGUGAAUGUGACAUUAUCUUUCAAUAGUGACUGCCAUCCAGGAACACUAGUGUAAUCCUGAAGAUGAGGGGUAGAAAUGGUGAGCAGUGAAGUAGUUUGAAAAAUAUGACACAUUCUAAUGAUUCGGAAGACUUUAUCAUAAAUUAUAGGGAAAUUUCAGAAAAAAGAGUUGGUGAGUGCAUCACAUCAAUUUAAAAAGAAACCAUACUAAAAAUUUAUGUUUACACUGCAAGUUUAUCUAGAUUACAAUAGGUUUUAUAUUGCCUUCAGAAUGGCCUGCGGUUAUUUUACUUCAAUUUUGAAUAAUAUUAAUCACAUUGAAUCACUGUGAAUCAACAGCCCUAAAAAAACAGUGAUCAUUAUGUUAUGACUCCUUAAAUUUAAAUGCCAUUACUUGACUGCAAGCUGAAUUGAUCCCACCUAAUCAAUACCAAUAAGAGAAACGAACAGUUCCUAUCUAUAAUCAAUGUUACAAAAAGGAUAAUGUACUUAUGCCUUUCACAUUAGACAGUGCAUGUAUUGAACAUUAUUAAAUUCAUCUGUGUUUACACUUUCAUCAAACUGAAGUUAACAUACUACUACCAGUACAAGUUACUAGAUGUUGUUACAUUGUUACAUUAGUUUAGUCUAGACUGAAAAUAGAUAUGACUUUGCUUUCAGUUAUAAAAGUAAUUUCAGUAUGUUAGCCAUAUUUCUUACACAGCAAUGUAUCACCUAAAGUGCACCAGACAUAAAAUACCAUAAUACCACUUUCAGUGCAAACACUAUGAAUAUGUUACUUAAAUUCAAGACACCAUAAUAACUAAGACUAAUUGAGAAGAUAACUAGUAUAUUGUCAAGUAGUGCUGUGAGACUACAAAAUAUGGAAUUAUCAACUUUUCUAAGUAAAAAGUUUUCUGAAAAUCACUUGAGAAAGAAUCAGUUAGGUACUCUGUUAUGACCACAGACACUCUUCAGUGUUGUUUGUUGUGCAGUUUCUCCCUUGCCAAUGUGGGAAUUGCCUUAUACAAUCAAGGGAACUCUAAUUAUUGGGCAGUUGUAUAGUUCUGCAACAAAAACAGAAUAGUUUGAUUUUAAUUCAAAAUAAAAAUGUCUAGUUAUUUAUAUUUGAUACAUCUUUUGGAGAGGGAGAGAGAGUGGAGGAGGAGGAAAAUGGAGAGGGGGAGGGAGAGAGAGAGAGAAAGAGAGAGAGAGAGAAGAAAGACAGAGAGACAAGUAAUGUGUAGUUCCUGUGUGUUUGUACCUUCAUUAUUUAUAUCAAAGUAUACUGAUAUUUUUAAACAGUAUUAGAAUAAAUGUUUUGUUUGGAAUUAUGGCAAUGACUAGUUGUACUGACAUAUCUAGUGCUAUUGCAGAGAAAUGUUUCUAGUUUAAGGCCUUUCAAUAAAGAUAUGUUCAUUGUA